AUGUUCGAAAUUACCACUGUGGCCCACCCAAACGACGAUCUUAACCAUCCUCUGAUCGUGGUUGAGGAGAAGAUAAACUCCAAAAAGUUCUUCAUUGGAUCAGUUACAGAAGGUAUUCAGAGAACGGUCAAUGAGAGGAAAAUCAAGCUGCCGAAGACGGAAAGUGUUUUUCUAACGGGAAAGUUGAGUUGGAACAGAAUCGGUGGUCUUCCAGGGUUUCUCUUGACUGUUUUCGAUCAAAAGUCCAGGGACAGUUUCUUCAUAGUAUACGGUAACCCUCUGCUUAAAUACGUGAUUGCCACGUGGAGGUACUUCAUUUUUAGAGUAGGCAUGAACCUGGAUGUCAAAAUUGUUCAAGACCAGGAGGAAGAGUUGAUUACUGACUCAUUCAAAGCUAAUGUGAUUAAUAUCAGUCCUGCGAAACCAAAAGCUACAAACAACGUUUCCACGUCACUUCUGGAUGCAAUAAUUUCCCACAUAUUCCCGCUCAAUAUCAACCUGAAUAAUUAUUCUGAAAACAGAAAAAACUUUGAUCGUAUAUCCCAAGUCAAGUUGCCCACAGUUGAUGGUUUGAGUAACUCCUUUUCCACUAAUUAUCUUAUAGACUUCCAUCCCGUAAGAGGAAAAUUCAAUGUCAAGAAAGCUAUCGAGCUUGGGGUUCCUAAAGGUAAGACGUUUGCCCAACUAACUAAAGGAGAAGAUGUCCUUUUACCAGAUGGAGUAACAGUUGUAAAAUCAUCUGACGUUGUGGAAGAGUCCAAAAGCUUCCCAAAACUGUUAGUGCUGGAUAUUCCUUCUGACGAGUAUCUCGAGCCAACAUUGCAUAAUCCGUUGAUAGUCUCAUCCUCCCAGGAUAUCGGAAUAGUAUACAUUUUCCUGAAUGAAAAGUGUAACCUAAGUCGAAUUCAUCCAAUACUGUUGAACUAUUUCAAUGCCAAUUCUCAUUGCCAAUUUGUUGUUUCACACAAAGACAUAACCAAUAAUCUUAUAAACUUCACAGGAGCAUCGUUAGUAUCACUGAAACUCAAGGCUUUGUUUCCAAAUUUUUUUCAACUGCCUUAUUCAUCACUUUCAAACGGCACUCCGUUCAACGAAAAAUUCGCAUCUAAUGUUCACAUACUUAAUACUCGGUCUUGCCCUGUUGUGUUGAAGCCUGGUAGUCCUGAUGCUGUUAUCGUUGAAAACUCUUUGGAAUCAGUCAACCAGUUCUGGAAGGCUCGUUUCGAUGAGUCGUUACUAGACACAUUUGGUAUAUCAUUUGACAGCAUUGAACCAUAUAUUAACGACAAUAAGCUAGUCACCAGUGGCUCCCUUUCGGACUCAGAAACGUUAAAGGAUAAAGUUCAAGUGGUUACUUUGGGUACAGGGUCGUCACUGCCAUCCAAGUACCGAAAUGUUAUUUCUACUGUUCUGAGGGUUCCUUACACUCAAGAUGGCAAGCUACAAUACAGAUCCAUUAUAAUGGACGGAGGAGAGAAUACAAUUGGUUCUAUUAAAAGGAUAUAUGGGCCGGAUUACCCCAAAUUCUUCAAAGAACUACAAUGCAUUUAUUUGAGUCAUCUACAUGCCGACCAUCAUCUCGGUAUCAUUUCUCUGAUCGAAGAACGAUUUAAACACAAUAAUACAGACUUAUACCUCAUUAUUCCCUGGCAAUAUGAGACUUUCCUAAAAGAGUGGUCCCGACUGCCCAAUCAAGAUGACCUGCCAGAUUUGAGUAGGCUGAAGAUAUUCAGCUGUGAGCAGUUCCACACAAACCCGCACCCUUCGUUGGAACAGGUCAGCUUUGAACAAAUGAUAAAUGCUAAGCAAACAAUCACACCGAAGAAGAUCCCCCUGCAGCGUAUUUCCACAGAAACCAUGUUCAAAGACCUUGGUCUGACAGGCAUUCAGACCUGCAGUGCCAUUCAUUGUGAAUGGGCCUACUCAGUGGGUUUUACAUUUGAUAUUGGCGGAGACGCCUUCAAAGUCAGCUACUCAGGGGACACCAGGCCAAACCACCGUUUUGCUUUCGAGAUUGGUAAGAAUAGUGAUCUUCUAAUCCAUGAAGCGACCCUUGAGGAUGAACUAAUGGAAGAUGCGCUAAGCAAGAGACACUCUACUAUUUCAGAGGCAAUAUAUGUUUCGAUGCUUAUGACCGCACGCAAGCUGAUUCUCACGCAUUUCUCGCAGCGCUAUCCCAAGCUGCCUGAUAUGGAUUCUCUGAAGAAAGUCUGGACGUUUAUUGACGGAAACUACGAUGAGAACCUAGAGCUAUUCCAGAAAUCUUACGUCUUCAAAAAAUUCCAGCUGGAUGCACAACAACGUUUCAACGCCAAGCAAAUGGGGAUACUGUACGCCUUUGACAACAUGGUGAUCAAUUACAAUGAAAUAGACCAACAGUUGCAACAGAUCGACGCAUUUGGAAGAGAAAGACUGGAACUACUAUUCAGUUCGAAAGAGAAAGAGCUCUAA